GAUCGGGGGAGCAGGCAGCGUCUGGAAAGCCUGGUUCGGCGACUCCAUCACUGACGGAGGAUCCGCUCGCACGUUAUCCUCAUUAAAGCUGGACACGCCGGACAGAGAGGAUCCGAUUUCAUAUUUUUCUGGGAUACCGUCGCUGCCCCUCGUGGAUUUUGGCUCAGCGCUGCGUCUUUAUGUUUCCCUCGGUGGAUGUUACAGCGCAUUCCCUCGCUCUGAAAGAGGCUUUCUUUUUGGAUUUGCCCCGCGCCGAAGCUGUUUUCCCGGUGACUGACCCUUCUUUGCCCGUGAAGUCGCGCGUGAUCCUUUCUUUAUUACCGUUAUCUUAUAUGAGCUCUCUUCACAUCUCCAGCCCGUGACUUGUAUAUCAUUUCGUCGCACAAUGCCGCGGUUUCAAUGAACGUGUUUGAGUAGUUCGCGCCGACAAAUCCCGUGCGUUAAUUUUUGCGGAAAAAAAAGAUAGAACAGUUGGGCGCGUAAAGUUCUGGUGACGGUCGAUAUGGCUAUGGUGGCGUGGAGAAGCACCGAGGGCGUCGGGGACGUCCAGGGGACCCUCUCGUCUCCGGUGUCCCAGGUGGGACCCCUGUCUCUGCCCGGCGAGCUGACGGGACACAUGAACCCGGCGUCCUCUUUGGAAAUACCCCCGGCGGCGGCGGUGGCGGCACCCCAGGGCGCACCGCCGCCCAACCCUUCCAGCGCCGCCGCCGCGACCACCACCAACAACAACAACAACAUCACCACCUCGUCCUCAUCCUCCUCCUCCUCGUCCAUGGACAAACAGCAGAGCCAGCAGAUCGAGUGCAUCGUGUGCGGGGACAAGUCCAGCGGCAAGCACUACGGACAGUUCACGUGCGAGGGAUGUAAGAGCUUCUUCAAGCGCAGCGUCAGGAGGAACCUGACCUACACCUGCCGGGCCAGCAGGAACUGUCCCGUGGACCAGCACCACCGCAACCAGUGCCAGUACUGCCGCCUGAAGAAAUGCCUCAAAGUCGGCAUGAGGAGGGAAGGUACGCGCUGGCAUCCUCCUCUUGUUGCUAUGGCUGUCCAGAGAGGCAGGAUCCCGACGCAGUCGUACCACGGCCAGUUUGCGCUGACGAACGGAGACCCUCUCCAGUGCCACUCCUACCUGUCGGGCUACAUCUCCCUCCUGCUGCGGGCCGAGCCCUACCCGACCUCCAGGUUCGGCUCGCAGUGUCUGCAGAGCAACAACAUCAUGGGCAUAGAGAACAUCUGCGAGCUGGCGGCCCGCAUGCUCUUCAGCGCCGUGGAGUGGGCGCGCAACAUCCCCUUCUUCCCGGACCUGCAGGUGCCGGACCAGGUGGCCCUGCUGCGCCUCACCUGGAGCGAACUGUUCGUGCUGAACGCCGCGCAGUGCUCCAUGCCCGUGCACGUCGCCCCGCUGCUGGCCGCCGCCGGCCUCCACGCGUCGCCGAUGUCCGCGGACCGGGUGGUGGCCUUCAUGGACCACAUCCGGGUCUUCCAGGAGCAGGUGGAGAAGCUCAAGGUGCUGCACGUGGACUCGGCGGAGUACAGCUGCAUCAAGGCCAUCGUGCUGUUCACCACAGAUGCGUGUGGUCUUUCGGAUGUGGCCCACGUGGAGGGUCUGCAGGAGAAGUCCCAGUGCGCUCUAGAGGAGUAUGUGAGGAGCCAGUAUCCCAACCAGCCCAACAGGUUCGGGAAGCUGCUGCUGCGCUUGCCUUCCCUGCGCACCGUCUCCUCUUCUGUCAUAGAGCAGCUUUUCUUCGUCCGUCUGGUGGGGAAGACCCCCAUCGAGACCCUGAUAAGGGACAUGCUGCUGUCCGGCAGCAGCUUCAACUGGCCUUACAUGUCCAUCCAAUAGAGGAGGAGGAGGCUGCGGCGGCGCUGCUAAGCGGAGGAGAGGUCAUUUCAGCUGCUGCAGCUUAAAAAUAUGUUGAUUCGAACAAGGGGAGGGGGGACAACUGCCAGUCAAGUGAGAUAGUUACAGAAAUGUUAAUUUUUUUUAAAUUUAGUUUUGACAUUUUCUUGAUAUACCCAGCGGAGUGAUCUGCCUAAUGCUGCGAUGCAUUCCAACACGUUUCUAAAAAACAUCCCUGAAACAAAUUAACCAUUUUGACGAGGAAUGAUCCGACCCCACUGGCAGAAUUUUUUUUAUUUGUUUUGAAGAGAAUAAAGAAUAUUUCUAGAGAUGAAAUGACUGGCUAUGAUGGACAUUUUUUUACAGUGCGGUGACCACGCACAGUCUGUGGGGUUUUUGGGGUGAUAAACAGUAUUUAUUCGACCCAUGUGUGUAUAUUUAUCGUGCUUGUAAAUUAUGUUCUGGCUCCCGUUUUUAAUGUCUUAUGUAUUUUCGCCCCAGCUAGUAAGAAAACUGCAGGGAUCGUCUCGUGUCAGUCUUUUUUUUUUUCUUCUUUUGUUUGUUUGUUUCAUACCUUCCAGACAUGGCACUUUGGACUAAAGGAACAUUUCAGAAAGAUUUAUGACAAGUGUUUGAAACCGAGACUUUUACCCAUUUGCUCGUUUGUGCACCGAGAGAAAGGUGAGAUAAAUGCUCCGUGUUAGUUACAUUGGAGAGUGCACACCUCAUGAUCAGUGUUAUGGAUCAAGUAAUGCAUUACUUGUUAAUCAUUGCUUAUAGGUAAUAUCAUUACUUAACAUUUCCGGGGAAAUAUCUUCGCCAAAACUUUUCUAGGCGUAUGAAUUAUUUCUUCCAUUCCUACUAAAAAUGAUAUUUCAAAAAGUUUUCUUUCUCCUUCGAAUCAUCAGAAACUCUUCUUAUUUCUCGUCCAAACAGAGAGUUGAUGACGAGGCUUAAUAUG